GGGCUGAAUUUUGCUGUGUCUAUUAUCAUUCUGCUAUACAAUAUUGGCAGAAGCGAUGAGUUAAACAUUCGAAAACAGCACAGCAAAGCAAAGAGUUUCAAUGGUGUCAGCAUUCCAUUGCUGGCUUAUCUUUGAGCACAUUCUUGUGUUCAAAAUAAUCUUUUUGACCCGUCACUGGAGAAGAAAAGGCAGGGAGAUAAUGAUAAGGUCCGGCACUAUUGGCACCAGAUCACGAAGACCCACCUCUGCAUGAAGAAGGUCAUAAAGGUACCACCACAGAAGUGGGCAGUGAUCUCCAUGAGACAUGACACUUGUUUUGGGCUGAUCCCUAAGUUAUCCUUCAGUCCUGGCAAGUUCAGGGGCUUGAAUGCUCAUGUUCAACAAUGUGCACAAAAGAAAAGAUGGAAAUACUGGAGGAGCCUCCGGGAAUCAUGGGCCCAAUACCUGCUCUCCUGGAGGCACCCAUGUCAGUGCUCAUGUUGGGAUCUCCAUACCCCUUCUGAGCCCAUCUUUUGCACCACCUCCUUUUCAAGCACCUGUAUGCUUCCUCAGGACAGUUCUUGGGACAUACGGCAGGUACCCUGCUGUCUCAGUGAUGGGCAUACUCACCCUAUUUGCAAGCCACUGCUCCCUGCCCUGGACAUGCAUCGCAGGAGGGAGACACUGUUGGUCCACUCCCAGGAAGAGUUGGUGCCAUUGGAGCCUGCUGUCAGCAUGAGGUCCCAUCCCACCUCCAUGACUGUGGCCACUUCUCUCUCAAAUCUCCCUUCAUCUCAGAGGCUGAAGUACUGCUUCACAGAAUUCCUGCCUUUUCCUUCCUACCAACAAGGGGGAAUACCCACCUGGAAGUCCUGGGACUUCCCACCAGAGGCCUGGGCACCAGGGAGGGAAAGCCAGGCACUAGGCAGAAAGGAUAUUAGAGAGACCCAGACUCCAGUUUGGACCAACCAGAGAGAGAGCAGUGGGGAGGAUGCUUGGGAGAUUCAGGCAUCUGGAAGACAACUCCCAAUAAACUUUGGGAUGGAGGACAAUGCAGAAACGGAGGUCCUAGAGUGGAGAAGCCAGAGACUAGUGAUAAGUAAAGCUGAUAGAGAGAUCCUGACCUUAGGGUGGGAAAUCCACGACCAGAUGGGACUUGAGAAUAGAUCCAAAAUUCAGGAACUAGGGAAGAGAAACCAGAGGGAGGCCGUAGGUGAGGAUCCUCCUGCAACCCAGGAACAUAGAGUAGAGAACCAAGAUCAGUUAAGAUGUAAAACUGAUGCAGAGACCCAAACACCAGAGUGGGGAGACCAGGAUAAGAAUAGAAAUGAGGAUGCUGUAGAGACCCAGGCAUUUAAGAAGAACAAGAAAGAGGCCCAAGAGGAGGAUGAAAGAGAGACCCAGGCUCAAGGAUUGGGGAAACAGAGCCUAACUGGAAGUGAGAAUGGUGAGUCCCAGACGCCAGGGUGGAGAAAACAAGACCAGAUUAGAGGUGAUAUUGGUACAGAAAUUCAGGCAGAAAAGAGGAAAAACAAGGACCAGGUUGAAGGUGAGAAUGCUGUGCAAACCCAAAUAUUUGGGAGGGAGAACCUCGGAGAAGUAAAAGAGAAUGAUGUGAAUAUCCAGGUCCUGGAGUGGGGAAAACAGGAAUGUGUUGGAAGUGAGAAUGUUACAGAUAUCCAAACACCAUGGUGGGAGAAGCAGGAUCGGGGUGGAAGUGAGAAAACUGGGAAGACCCAAGCAUCUAGGGAAGAGAUCCAGAAGCAUCUAAGACAUGAACUUCAAGUGGAGUCAGGGAGCAAAGCCUUGAAAAGAGGUGAGGAUGCUGGGGCAACCCAAAUAUAUAGAAGGAAGAACCUCAGAGAGAUAAAAGAGGAGGAGUGGGUAGUGGUCCAAGCACUAUGGUGGGAAGACCAGAGACCAGUAGCAAGUGAAAUUGACAGAGAAUUUGAGAUACAAUGUUGGGGGAAUCAGGACCAGAUUGGAGGUGAACAUAGAGCAGAAAUUCAGACAUCAGAGAAGAGAAAUCAGAGAAAGGACAGAGGUGAAGAUGAUAUAAAUACCCUGGCACCUGAGGCAGAGAACCAGAGACAGUUAAGAGGUGAAACUCAUGUAGACACCCAUCCACCAGAUAGGAAGAAUCAGGAGCCGUUUGGAGAUGAGCCAAGUACAUACAUGCACGUACCUGCAAAGGGAAAUCUGAGAGGGGUUAAAAAUGAAGAUGGUAAAGAGACUCAGGAACUUAGGGAAGAACACCAGGGUCAGUUAAGCAAUGAAAUUAACGGAAAAAUUCACACACCAAAGUGGAAGAACGAGAAACACAUUAGAAGCAAGGACGGUGCAAAUACCCAUGUACCUGAGGCAGAGAAGUGGGGAGAAUUAACAAGUAAAAUAGAUGGAGAAACUCAUUCAGCAAAAUGGAAGAAAGAGGACCAGGCUGGAGGCGAGAAUGGCACAGAAAUCCAAGCUUCAGAGAAGAGAAACCAGAGAGAAGCUGGAGGUGACAAUGGUACAGAGACUUGCGCUCCUGAGGAAGAAGGCCAGAGUCAGUUAAGAGGUGAUAUUGAUAGAAAGACCCAUUUGUCAGAGUGGAAGAACCAGGAGCAGAUGGGAGGUGAAACUGGAACAGAAGUUCAGGCACCAGAGAAGAGAAACCAGAGAAAACCUGGACAUGAGGAUGGUACAGAGACCCAGAAACCUGAGAGAGAGAACUUAGGAGAGUUAGAUAGUGAAAUUGGAGUGAGCCAUUCACCAGGAAGGAGGAACUGGGAGCAGACUGGAGGAAAGAAUGAUGCAGAACACCAGACACUGGAGAAGAGAAACCAGAGAGAAGGUAGAAGUGAGGAUGGUAGAAAGAUCCAGAGACUUAGGGGAGGGAACCAGACACCGUUGAAAAGGAGAGUUAAUGGAAAGACCUGUUCAUCAGAGUGGAAGAAUCAGGAGCAGAUUGGAGGUGAGGAUGGUGCAGAAAUUCAAAUACAAGGGAAGAGAGACCUGAGAGGGUCCACCGGCGGUGAUGGUAGAGAGACCCAGGCUCCUGGGGGAGAUUACCAAAGACAGUUAAGAAGUCAAAUUGGUGGAGAGAUCCAAAUGCAAGGGCAAGGGAACCAGAACAAGGGUGGGGAUGAGGAUGCUGCAGAAAUCUGGGAUGUAGGGAGCCAAAGAAAGUGCAGAGCAGAGGAUGCUGGAGGGCCUGGAGUUCCAAGGGGAGGAAACAAGGACCGGAUCAGAGGAAAGGAUGCUGCUGAAGACAAUCUCCAAGUUGACUGUUCUGGGGGUGAAAGCCCCCUAGCCCUCGCUGGCUCUGGAUAUGGGGCCAUGGAACAGGAACAGACAGUGGCCUCUGCUCCCUGUCCUGAGAUGAAGCCUCUCCCCCACCAGGGUGAACUGUUCCUGCUCACCAGUGGAGAGGGAAAGCAUUUGGCUAGCCAGAGCACAGCCCCUGCCAGAAAGCACAGAGUGGGAGUCAGUCGAGCCUUUUGUCAGGCCCCACCUAAACCCCCGAGAAGCCGACAAAGGGACAAAAGGGUGGAUCCAGGGAAGACCUCCAGCCUGGCUUGGCAGCUCCAGAACCCACAGGCUCUGGCUGCUUCCCUGAAUCUGCCUUCUUCCUGUCCCUCUGACUCGUGUGGCCAAGUCCCUCAAGCUGCCACAGUGCUGGUGGGUGCUCCCACAGCCCUCACUGUCCUGCCCAAGUGGCCUGUCCUCAAGAAGAGCCAACGACUGCUCCUGGAGUCCCUCAUGCGGCGGAAGAUGGCACAUCUGAAGUGGGGCCUCCCGCAGCGUAUCCUGGAGUCCCAUUUGCUCUUUAACUUCUUAGGACUGAGCCCACUAUCCUUUUCUGUGGUGCAGCUUCCUGGCUUAUACACAGCCUGUGACCUCCAAUGGCAGCGAGAAAGGCUUUGUGAGGCCCAGGGCUCCAUGCCAGGCCUUAAGUCCCCUGAGAGGUCCCAGAGGGUUCGACCCCCAGAAAGAAAAAGCUCGAAACUUUCUACACUAGCCAGAGCUCUGGAGAAGUGUGGGCCACGGAGGUUAGAGCCCACAGGCAUUUCCAUCCCUCCCCAAAAGCCCCGGAGAGUCAGGCCACCAGGAGGCCCCAGAGAACAACAGGAUGUCCUGGUAGAGGCUCCUCUAAGGGCCAAACUCCCGGCUCCCAGGAACCCCAGGCCUGCAGCAAAGUCUAGGAGCUGGUGUGGCCAAGAAAGGGUCCAAGAGCCUUCCAGUGAGAACACUAUGGGCAGGAAAAUGAUCAGGCCAGGAAUCUCCCAGAUGGCAGAGAUGGCUCCCAGCAGAGUGAGAUCCUCAUACUUCAGGGCAGGCCACGACCACUGGAGGAAGGAGAGCACAUCCCAGGAGGCCUCUGAGCCCCCCAGACUCAAAUGUCAGCAGCCCACAUACUGGAGAAGAGGAAGCCUGGAGCCUGUAGACGGCAGAGGGUCUGGGCAGCAGCCUUCCUCCUGUUCCGCAGACACCUCCAACUUCAAAGGGAGUCUCUACACAGUUGCAGCGAGGCUGAGCACGACCCUACUGAACAAUAUAUCCUGGUCCCCACCCCUGGCCAAGCCCCAGCACUCAGCCCCCAACCUGAGCCUAAGGGGCUCUGAUCCUACCCUGCUUCCCAAAGUGGCUGACCCACAUAUAAGGGAGGACAGCAUCGAAGUCCAUGCUUCCCUGAAGAGGGACCUUCAGCCACCAGGUCACUGCUGUGCCAGAGCUGCUCUCUCUAAGACAGAGAGCCUCCAGGGUCUAGGGGAACCCGAAAACCCAAAUGGGGCCCCGCAGAAACCACCAUCCUCCAAAAAGUCUGGUUUUCUGAAACGUUUGAGAUGUUUUCUGCUCCAGCAUUGUUUUAGAAAAUAGGCUGCCAUUCCAGAGUCCUCAGAACGCAUCAGAAAAGGCAUGAGAGUGGC